GGCUUACCUGUGUUUGUAAACAGAACAAGCAAAGACACCGCGAUGAAAAUGGAUAACCUCUCAUACUUGAUUUAGAUUGAAGAGAAAGCACAAUGAGGACUGUUCCUACUUGGGUUGACAAAGUGCAAGAUCACGACAAAGUAGAACAAUGUGUCUACGAUUUGUGCUUCAGCCCUGAUGGGGCUCAACUGAUUGUAGCUGCUGGGCAAAGAGUCUUGGUUUAUGAUGCUAAUGAUGGAUCUCUAAUUCAACCUCUAAAAGGUCAUAAGGAUAAUGUGUACUGUGUGAAUUAUGCCAAAGAUGGAAAAAGAUUUGCUUCAGGAAGCUCAGACAAAAGUGUGAUCAUUUGGACUAAUAAGUUGGAGGGAAUAUUAAAAUACACCCACAGUGACGCGAUUCAGUGCCUGGCGUACAAUCCAAUUUCGCAUCAGCUUGCGAGUUGCGCGAUCAGCGACUUUGGUCUGUGGGCGCCUCAGCAGAAAGCUGUGCAGAAGCACAAAUCCAACGCUAGGAUAAAUGCCUGCGCCUGGUCAAAUGACGGUCAGAUUUUGGCUUUAGGCUUGGCGAGCGGAUGCAUUUCGCUGCGGAGCAAAACCGGAGAGGAGAAAAGUCGUCUCGAACGGCCUGGGCUGUUUCAAUCACCAAUUUGGGGACUGGCCUUCAAUCCUGCCAAGGACGAUGGGUGCGACACACUUUGUGUUGCCGAUUGGAGCCAAACUCUCUCGUUUUACGCGCCAGUAAACAAAAAGGAGGAUAUUUUUUCUUACAAAAUUGCAGGGAAAGAGCGGUCCCUUGGCUUUGAUCCUUUGUCCAUCAGCUACUUCAACCAGGGCCAAUACCUGUUGGUGUCGGGGUCAGGAGGAAACUGCAUCCUUCUGACUAGAGACGGAGUGCGGCUCGGGGUAAUCGGACAGCAGGAAACCUGGGUCUGGGGAGUUGCUGCGCGGCCGGACUCCAAUUUUAUAGCCCUAGGCUGUAAUGAUGGCACGAUUGCGUAUUACCAGCUCGUUUUCAGUACUGUGCACGGCCUGUACAAGGAGAGAUACGCUUACAGAGAAAACAUGACAGAUGUGAUCAUUCAGCACUUGCUGACAGAACAAAAAGUCAGGAUCAAAUGCCGAGAACUGAUUAAAAAGAUUGCAAUUUACAAACAUCGUUUAGCUGUGCAACUACCAGAAAGGAUAAUAAUUUACGAGCUCUACGCUGGCGACUCCUCAGGAAUGCAUUACCGAGUGAAGGAGAAAAUUAACCAAAAGCUUGUCUGCAAUUUGCUUGUUGUGUGCGCUGACCACCUCGUCUUGUGCCAAGAGAGGAGACUUCAAUGCCUGAAUUUGCAAGGAGCUGUUGUGCGAGAAUGGGUUAUGGAUUCGCUGAUUAGAUACAUCAAAGUUGUGGGCGGUCCACCGGGUAGAGAGGGACUGCUAGUCGGCUUGAAGAAUGGAGAGGUUUUCAAAAUUUUUAUAGACAACCCUUUUCCUAUCAGUCUGCUGAAAAUAGGCUCGCCUAUCAGGUGCCUCGACUUGAGUGCUUCGCGCAAGAAACUUUCGAUCGUCGAUGAAAACAGCCAGUGUUUAGUUUAUGAUCUCCAAACGUCAGAGUUGCUUUAUCAGCAACCAAACGCCAACUCUGUUGCAUGGAACUCGCAUUUCGAAGAUAUGCUAUGCUUUUCUGGAAACAAUCUGCUCAGCAUCAAAGUUGCAGAUUUCCCUGUGCACCAACAAAAACUCUCUGGAUUUGUUGUGGGACUAUGCGGUUCAAAAAUCUUCUGCCUGCACAUCGCCACAAUGUCUACAGUUGAAGUUCCACUUUCAGCGCCCAUGUAUCAAUACUUAGAAAAGAAAAUGUUCAGAGAAGCGUACCAAGUAGCAUGUUUGGGUGUAACAGAGGGAGACUGGGAAAGCUUAGCUCAUGCAGCUCUGGACGACUUGGACCUAAGUGUUUCUCGAUUAGCGUUCAUUCGGAUCAAAGAUAUUAACUACUUGCAACUGAUUUACGAGAUCGAGGAACGACAACGAAAAGGAGAAAACAGACAUGAUGUUUUUCUCGCUGACGUACUGGCCUUCCGUGGCCAGUUCAAAGAAGCGGCUAGGCUUUAUAAAAAAGAAGGGCAGCCUCAAAAGGCGCUGGAAAUGUACACCGACUUGAGAAUGUUCCACUUAGCCCAGGAAUAUUUGGGUUCAGAAGAGAGUGCAACUUUGACCAAGAAAAAAGCCGACUGGGCCAAAAGCAUCAACGAGCCACGAGCAGCCGCGGAAAUGUACCUGUCCGCAGGGGAGACGAUGAAAGCAAUAGAUAUAAUUGCGGAAAACGGGUGGAUCGAUAUGCUUCUUGAAAUUGGACGGAAACUGGACAAAAGUGAUGUGGAAGUAAUGGCUAGACUGGCAGAGCACCUGAGCGCUCUGGGACACUUGCCAGCAGCAGCGGACAUGUAUCGGAAACUCGGCAAUAUUGCAAGCGUGGUAAAAUUGUACGUGCAAGCGAGAGAGUGGAGAGAGGCGUUCUCUUUGGCUGAACAACAUCCAAAUCUGCGAGACCUGGUCUACGUGCCGUACGCCCAGUGGCUGGCGGAAAAUGAUAACUUUUUGUUAGCUCAAAAAGCAUUCCAUAAAGCUGGACGGCCGCAGGAGGCGUUGAAAGUUCUGCAGCAACUCACGGACAAUGCGAUUAAUGAAAAACGAUUUGACGACGCUGGCUAUUACAAUUGGGUGCUGUCGAUGCAGUACUUGGAUAUGGCCAGGGAAAAGCUGGAGGAGCAGGACAACAUGCUGAAGAGGUUUAUGGAGUGCCAACAGGACGCUUCGAUUUACUACGCUUACCAUGCAAUUCAAAGAUAUACAGACGAGCCGUUCACGUCAUACAUGCCAGAGGCCCUCUUCAACAUAGCAAGAUUCCUUCUGCACGAAAUCAAGGAUUCAAGGCCCAAAGGUGUGCUUCAAUUCAGCAUUCUGUACACUUUAGCAAAGCAAGGGAGUAAUUUGGGAGCGAACAAGCUUGCUCAGCAAGUUAUCACAAAGAUGCAGAAAAUGAGGAUACCGCCACGAUUUCAAGAAAAUGUUGAAUCAACUGCCCUGGCAAUUAGAGCGUUGCCUUUCACAGACAACGAGGACCUUCAGCCUAUGUGCUACCGGUGCAGCAGUUACAACCCAUUGCUCACAAACUACAGCAAUAACUGCGCGAAUUGCUUUCAGCCUUGGGUUUUUUCUUAUGUUUCAUUUGAAACUUUGCCACUGGUGGAAUUUCGACUAGAGGCAGGCAUUACGGAUGAGGAAGCGGCUAGGCUGUUGCAACUUUCAGACGAAUCAAAGCAACCUUCAGGGUGGAAAGAGGGACAAGAGGGAGAGGCUGAAGUGCUCACGUUCGAUGAGUCAGCCACACAUGACCCAUUCACUACCCCAGCUUUAAAUUUUGAUGACUAUAAUGACCUAAGCACCAAUUUUAUCACCCUGGGCCGAGAUAAUUUAAAGGCACUGGAGCCGCACGAGGUUAUAAUUAUGAAGUGGCCUCCACCGCUUCGCUGUCAGUAUUACCGCAACCUCUUGCCUGACGUGCCGAUUGCGCACUGCCAAGCAUGCAAUAAGGUAUUCCACGUUGACGACUUUGAGCUUCAAACUCUGCAGAAAGGUCACUGCCCUUUCUGCAGGACUCCUCCUCCGCAUUUAAAACAAGAAAAAGAGGACGAUCUAGAUAUGUUCUUAAACUAAACAGAAGUGGUGUUACCUUGCAAAUAAAAUGGCUGCUGUAUA